AUGGCAGACGAAAGAGCCGACAUCUACCUACAAACGCCUACACCUGAUACCGGUAGUGCUGAUGUGGAAAAGACUCAGGUUGAUGGGAGCGACCUCCAGCGCCCAUCUCAGGAAGGCACACCCGAGAACAACCCUGAAACACUGGGGCUACCCAAGUCCCAUUGGUGGAGAACAAUUCCAUUGGGCCUCGUCUUCAUUGCUAUCGCUGUCGGAUCGGAAGUCGUAUUAGACCACACCCGCAACGGAAUAGGAUUUGAAAUCAUUCUCAGCGAUGCCGGACUCUCUCGCGCUAAACAGUUCCUGAAGUCAUUUGGGCCAUCUAUUCUUUUCGGUCCAUUAUUCCAUUGGUUCACAAAGCCCUAUGUUAUCAAGCUGCUCAAACCCUUCGAAACGAAGAGGUAUGAUUCUAAAUCUGAUGUGCCUAUUAUUUGUUCGCACUUCAUACUUCUUUUCGUGGUCCGGGUUGGGCUGUCUUUCUCUAAUUUUAGGAUGCACCAUUGGGCGGUCUCCAUACUCUCCUGGAUCGCAAUCAGCGGUAGCCUUUUCCAUGCUCUGGCUGGAGCAUAUUUCGAGAUUGUUCCGGCGCUCCCGCAGCAGGAAGUGAAAGUGCGUAUCUCAGGUAAAACCGCUCUGGGCUAUGGCGAUCUCGAAUUCACCCCGUUCGUGAAUGCUGCAGGGUUUGUGGGCACCGCUAGCAGGAUCGGUGGUAUGUAUUCUCCAUUUAUCCUUAAUGACACCAAUAGCAAGACUGGGAACAUCUGGGUGGUGCCGGACUUUACUCUCGAGGAUCCAAGUGCAUCUGCCCAAGGUGGGAACGUGAACGUCACACUCAGGGGAUUCUCAGUGCAAGCCAGAUGUGCCCCGGUUCCGUCACCAGUAAUAUCGGGUCCAGACACCGCCAACAGGUACAACAUAACAGGGACUCUUUCCCAUAACUGCUCCGCUACAUCCAAUGCCAUCUCCAAUGGCACAAAAUGGGAUGGCUGGAUGGUCUCCGCCCCUUUUGGAUGUGUGCGAAGCAUCGACCCUGGUAACAACAACCCAGUCCCUAGUGACCCGCGGUUUUCUCCCGUGGCAUUCUCUUUCCUCAAAAACAUAUCGAGCUACUCAAUGGUCUUCUGUUACAGCCUGGUAGAGGAGCAUGAUCUCACCGCUACACUCGCACUCCAUGAUGACACUCCAGCCAUUUCCGAUGUCGUGGAUCGAGGUAACGUCUCAUUCCUCAGUUGGGGUCCCAGCGGGAUAGACUGGCCAAGCAGUGACCCCCGGGUGGAAGGCAUCGGAGACGCAAUCCGCUUUGCCUUGGCUGGUUCCAUCAUGAACCUUGCGGGUUUAUACGAGAUUGGGGCUGAAAUAAUCACAUCACUACAGGACAGCACUCUCAGGGACUCAAACUCCGUGGUUGGACUUGCCGAGGAGGCCGUUAGAAUUUUCCAAGCAACCGUCGUCCCUUCCAUGCUAAUCGUUGGGCCACCGUAUUUCCCAAAUGCCAUACUGGUGGUGCAGGCAUAUGGCAUGGUUGCCAUCCCUCAUGUGGCACAUGUGAUAACUGUCCUGUGCGCUAUCGUUGGAUCCAUUCUUAUCGCGCUUUCCAUAUAUCAUUUCUGGCGGCGCAAGGAGUUAUUGACCAAUGCCGCACCUUCAGCGACUACGACGGCUCCAGCGUUGGCUUCAUGA